GGGCUCUUCCUGACCCUGGGUUUCCAAUAUUGGCUAAAUUCCAGUUUUCUGCUCCUCUCUGUAUGGUGAAACCACCUGGAAAGUGAGCACCGAGAGGCUGGGAGCUGCCCUCCCCAGGGUUUUGCUAUGCCCUUGCUGACCACCUCUCUCCUCCAUGCUUUAACAGUAGAACACAACAAUGCCAGCAGCACAGCAUCUCUGCAGAGCUCAGUGACAUCCAUGUCACCUUCUCUAUCUGGUUCAGACUCAGCACGCAGUGCAGGUGCACCCAGCAUGGCUCCAUCCAGCAACAGCUCAGGGAUAACUCGGGCAGCUCCGUCCAGCCCUGCUGCGUCGUCUGUGCCCAGCCAAGCAAGCACAGAAGCCUCUCUUACCCCCGAGCCAACCACCACAGGGAUUCCACUGAGGACACCAGAUUUGGAGGUGUCUGGGACACCCUUAUCUGACCCAGCUCUGACAACAACUUCCUCUAGGAAGGUACCAACAUCAGAGGUGCUGCCUUCGACGAGCUCGGAAGUGCUGCCAUCUCCACCCCAUGUGACCACGGCACAGCCUCUGUCCCACCCAGCUGUGCCCAGCUCCUCGGCCACGCUGCAGCCAGACAGCUUCACAGCCACAUCCUCGCUCAGGCCUUCUCCUGCUCCCAGCUCAGCCAUGCCCACAGCAAACCCCAGUCCCAACAGCACUUUGGCCACCAGCUCCAAAACAACACUGAUCAUCAACCCUGUACUGAACCCCACCAAGUCCAACCCUGUUGAGGUUGCCGUCAUCUGCAUCUUCAUCUGCUUGCUGGUGGGGGGAGCCACCACGCUACUGGUGUGGCUGUACCAGCACCGGACCCCCCGGUUCCGCCACCUGGAGGAGGUGACCAUGGUGCGUAAGGGCAGCAGGAGGGUGGCAGGAGUCAGAGCACUGUGGGAGAGCUGCCAGGCAGGAGCACCACUGGGUGUGGUGCGCUUCAGGAGCAAAGCUGCCUGCAACCAGGAGGUGCUUCUGUAGUGUGAAGAUACCCGGAGCUGGGCUGCAGGCUCGCUGAGGCAGGGGGUCUUGUGAAGGUGAUAGGGCCCUGUGUGGGGCUGAGCCCACUGCAGGCAGGUUGAACCAGCAGUGCCAGCAGCUUCAGAAGAGCUUUUAAAGGCUCUGGUGCCUGCCUAAGUGCAGCUUUCAGACUGAAGUUGUCACAUCUCAGGGUGGCCACGAGUCUGACAGAGGACAUGGGGAAACAUUGACUUUGUCAGACAGCUCCAGGAAGGGUCCAGGGCUGCAACAGGCAGCUGCUGGGAUCUCGCCCAUCAAUGCCAAGUGGGACUGUGCUCUGGGUGCUCAUCUCAUUCUCUUUCUUCCCUAGAGCAAGAUGAUGGAGGGGUCCCCCAGUAUGCAACACACACCCAGGUGACCCCUAGUGCUGCUUCCCCAUGAGUUCCCUACACUGCUGAAUAAAGAAGCUGCU